AUGUGUGACUUGGGCCCAUUUGAAGGUUUUGUAUUAGUGCCUUCGAAGGAAAGUCAACUAACACCAUGGGCAAUAGUUGGCACAUCACUAGUUUUAAAUAUGCUUAUUUUGUUUCCUACAAAUAAAUGGACCAGGUUUAAUCCUAUUGCAGCAUUAUGGUCUCUUGUUAGUGGGAUAUUAUCCCUAUGGCGUGUAAUUGUAGCAAUACAAGGUCCGAUGUCAAUAGCAUUUAAUAUGCCCUUCAGUUUGCCUUUGGGAAUUGGAUCAAAUAUUAUUAGACUCACCCUUGAAGAUGGAAAAAAAGGAUUUAAACAAAGAUGA